CGGAAACGUGCAAUUUCGAGGAUUGACCAUGGCGGCGCGUUUGCGGCAACUUAUGGUGCUGAGUCGCGACGUUGCCAAGAGCACACAGUUCUACCAAGACGGCCUUGGCUUGCAUCUAAUCCGUCAGUCAGACUCGUUCAGCGAGUUCGACAUGCAGGCAGGUGUGACGCUGAGCAUCAAGCAAGCUCAUGGGGAGGCUGCAUGCAGUGCUGGGUACUCUCCGUUCCUUAACUUCGACGUCGAUGAUAUGAUGGAGACGAUUCCGCGCCUCAUCAGCCUUGGUGCAGCGAUGGAUGGCCCUAUCAAAUACCCGGCAUUCGGUAAAGUGGCUGCAGUCCGGUCGCCCGACGGAACUAUGAUCGGUCUCUACGAGUCCAAUACGAUGGAAUCUGCCACAUCAGCAUAAACUUAAAUGCACACUUGCUCUCAGGACUCCUGGC